UUUCAUUCUUCAAACGAACCAACUUAUUGCGAUACUUGAAAGCAACACAAUUUUCCAAAGGAGCUACCAAGCUCAGAAGUCGUUAUUUUUGGGAAAUAGAGAGACUAACUACAGGCAAACAUGGCGUCAACACCAAAGACAAUGUCGAACCGGCUCAUGACGAUGAAGUUCAUGCAGCGGUCGGCCGCCAAAUCGGCAAAGUCGGAGCCUUCGACCCCAGAUGGACCUCAUUCGAAGAAAGUGCGACUUUCCAAUGGCAGGUCAGCGCCUAGUACACCCGGCACGCCGUCGGACCACGAAGUCUUAAAAGCAGUACUUGACGAGGAGGAAAAGAAGCGACAAGAAGCAGUGGACAGAGCUGCAGAGAAGGCAGGAGAGACAAAGUGGGUUUUGAGCUUUAAGGACCCAAAUGAGGCUUCAAGGAAACCAGCAAUGAAUGUAGUACAAGCAGGUUUCGCGGUCAUUGAUGCAGAUGACGAUAGCGAUGAUGAGGGCGAACUGCAACCUGCACGAAUGACGUUUGGAGGCGGCGUCAAACGAGAGCAGAAGAAAGCUCCAGAGUCCGACGACAACAGCGACGAUUCCGCAGAAGAAUCCGAUUCUUCUGAAUUGGAUUCUGACGAUCCUACGGCCGCGCUCAUCAGGGAGACAAAACGUGAGAUGGCAGAAAGGGCACGCGAAAGCAGGAAAGCAGAGAAGAGAACAGAGGAGAAUGCUCAACGUCGUCCGAAGCCGAUAGACCAAGACAUGGAUUUGGCGAAUCUGACAUCCAUCUCUGGAGGUCGCCCUGGUGGAUCGGGUGGCGGAGGACGUGAUUUCAGUACUAUGCAGUGCUUUGGAUGUGGUCAAGUUGGCCACCGAAAGCAGGAUUGCCCCAAUGGUAGUAAUGAUAGGGGACGGGGUUUCAUGGGAAGAGGUGGACGAGGAGGAAGAAAUGGGAGGAGGUAAAAGACAUAUAGUUACUCCGACAGUUCCACAUAUGGCCAUCUGGACGAGUGUUACACCUCUACAGACUUAGUUUACUUUGAAGAUACCCCGGAGGCGUACCCAAGCCUUCCAAUGAAUGAGAAUUUUGGACAACUUGGUCAC